AUGAAUUUGAUGCUUUUGAGGCAUCACUGCCCAAUAAUGAACAACCACUUGCAAGGGUAUAAGCAACACCUCAGAGAAAAAGAAAAAGCAAGGAAGGCUACUCAAAGUCGAGAGAGAACCACAAGGUCUGCCAACACCUCAAUUGAGAAGUCACAGACCCUUACCAAGAAGACAAGAGAAGUCUCAACCCAAAAAGAGUUGGCCAAAAGCAUCACAGUGACAAGACCAACCACAAGAUCCAAGAAGAACAUCAAUUCCACUUCAACUACCAAUUCCAAGGCUAGUAAGUCAAUUGACAAAGUCACAGGUACUGAGAAAAUUGUGCACACACAGAAUUCUCAAACCACCAAGGAUGUUCAGAGCACAAAAAGGACAUUAGGUCUGAAAAAGAAGUUGGAUGUGAGAAAUAUGUCACAAUCUCAAGGUCAACCAUCCAAUUCUGCUCCUGAGGUUGACAAACCCAUAUGA